CCCUGGGUCCAUGUUCGUAUGAUACAAUAGUGCCGUGCCCAGGGUCAGCAUCGUCAGUCAACUUUCCAUUUUCCUAAACUUGAAAAUCGUCUGAAAAUAGGCACCACCGUCUCUGCCACCAAAAUUGAAGCUAAAAAUGAGCUCUCCGACUAACUCACAGAAUCAACCCCCAACCUCUCCUCCACAGGAUCCUAACUUUACACAACAAAAUCAAAAUCCCAAUAAAAAUCAAUUCGAAGAUUCCCAAUCUCCUAAAACCCUAACCCUAGUUGUCCCUGACACCGAAGAGGAAAACCCUAACCCACAAUCCGAUGAUCCUAACCAAUCCGACCCAGAAGAUAUCGCCCAAUCCUCUCCAACGAUCUCCGACAGCCGCGUGGCCUUCACCACGGUCACCAUCCCUCGCCGCGGUUGCGGUGGCGGUGGUAAUGCAAAGCGCAAGAAAAGACGUGGUGGUAAGAAAUCACACAAAAAACUCGAACUCUUAGUUGAAAAUUUGAACCCUGUCCCGUUUAGACCCAUCAAGAACCUAGAUUUUGCCUCUCAUGAAUCUCUACUUAAAAAACUUGGGUUAUGGGACUUUGUUCACUUGCAAUUUGAUAUUAGUAAUCUCCGCGCUGAUCUAUUAGCUCAAUUGAUUGCAAAUUUUAACGCCCAAUGUCGCCAUAGCUAUGUUAAUAAUGUUCGAAUCAAGGUUAGUCGCCCUGACUUAGCCCGCGCAUUGCAGCUUCCAGUGAAGAAAGAUAAAGUGGAUAAUGCACUGGAGGAUAUGGAGAGUAAAGAGUCUAUAGAGUUUGUUGAGGAAUUUGUGUCAACUUGGUUGUUGUUGCAUGAAGAUACAUGGAUGAUGACUGAUGAUGUAUUGAAUGUGAAUAAAUUGAUUAAAGGUGGCAACUUUGAGAAGGUUGAUUGGUCCGAGUUGAUCUGGUUGAUGGUUAAGAAGGAGUUAGCUGCUGCACCUAAUUUAAGGAAUUGUUAUUAUGCCUCACAUUUGCAGCUUUUGAUAAGAUCUCAGAGGGAUGACUUGUUUAAGGAUGAGGUUGUUAAACUGGAGAUAGAUAUUAAGGAGGAUGAUGAUGAGGAGGAAGAUGUGAAAAUAAGUGAGGAAAUUCAUGGAGUGUCGGAGUUGGAGGAGCAUAACAUUAAAUUGAGUCUUGGUGGAUUGGAUAAUAUGGUGAAAGAUGAUGAUGAGGAUGAGAAAGCAGGAAAGGAGGAAGCUGUGGGUGAGGAGGAAGCAAUGGAUUUUGAGGGAAGUAAGGAGGAUGAAGAACAGGGGCAGUGGAGAAAGAGCAGUAUGGAUGGGAGUUUUCUGCAAAGGUGUAAUCUUGGUGAUGUUGGAGCUGUGGAAUGUGAGGUGGGGAAAAAACAGGAAGAAGGGGGAGGAGAGGAUGAGGGAAAGGAAGGGGAGAAUGGAGAAGAGGAGGAGGGAGAGGAGGAGGAGGAGGAGGAACAAAUGGCUUUUAAUAUGUCACCUAAAGGGGAUGGUUUGGACGGUAUAAAUUCUGAGAAUCUUAUUGCAGCCAUGGCAGCAUCACAAAAUCCUUUUAGUUCUGGGGUGCAAAUUCGUAAUAAUGUGUCAUCAGGGGACUUUCUUGCUUCUAGGGUUGAUGCACAGUCAAUUCCUGGCAGUUCAUCGCUUUUCAGUAAUGUCAAUGGAAACAAGAGAGAUAUUGAUCAUCUUGAGAAUGAUAUGCCUCAUCAUGCACUUAAUAGUGCUACUAAGAGGAUGAGGAGUGAUGGACCUUGGGAUAUGAAGUCACUAUCUGAAUUUGAUGUGUGUUUUGAGCAAAUGGAACGUGUAAUGGGAAAAGCUAGAAUGCUGUAUGAGGCAAAGGAGCAGGCUUUUCAGGAGCUGAGUAUCCAUCAGCAAAUGUUGAUGAAUGAGUUGCAGCAGCGGGAAAACAUGAUUCAGCAUUUGCACAAGGCAAAGUUGGAGGAGCAACAGAAAAGACAGUUGGAGACAUAUAGGCUAGAACGGGAAUUAUAUAUGAUGGGAAAUCUCUUAGAAGGGUACAGGAAGGCUUUGAAGGAGACGCACAAGGCAUUUGCAGAUUAUCGAGCAAAAUGUCGACACCCUGAAGAACCAAUUUACAAGGAUACUGGAUCCGGGGGUCUUGUUUUGAGUACCACGGAGUUGGAGAAGCUGCGGCUGAAACAAGAGGAAGAAGAAAGGCAAAAGCGGCUGUUCGCUGAGAAGAAGGUUAAGGAAUUUGAAGCAGGGUGCAUUAGUCAAUUUGAAGCAUAUAAGGAUAGGGUAAAUAUACUGUGUGACAAGCUGCCCGUGCUUGAGAAGGAACUUAAUGUCUUGAAGGAAGAUUUUGGGAAGCGUAAGGUCUCAGAGAAAUUGGAAUGUGCUCCAGCUAAAGAAUCAAUUCCUCAGGAGUCUGUUUAGAGUCUUGUGGAAUAUGUAAGUUUAAUGGAAAAACAUUGGAAACUAGAAGCUCAAAAUUUAUAGUUGCUGCUGAAAAUUCCCUUAUUUUGAUAUCCUAGAUGCUUGGCAGUAGUUUGGCAUGAUGCUAUAUUUAUUCUCUGUUUUUACUUUAUGGUUAAGAUGCGAAUUUUAUGUUGUAGUGAAUUCUUAUGUAUUGGUGCAUCUCUCUGUUAAUACACCAGAUGCCUUCUGGUUAA